AUGCCUCUUGUGCAGGCCAUGGUAGAGGCAUGUGAUGAGAUUGAUAAGCCAAACUCUGUGUGCAGUGAGAGCUGUCCUCCAGGCACUAGGAAGGCUACACAGAAAGGAAGACCAGUCUGCUGCUAUGACUGUAUUUCAUGUGCAGAAGGAGAAAUCAGUAAUGAGACAGAUUCAAUUAACUGCAAGCAGUGUCCAGGCGAAUAUUGGUCUAAUGCUGAGAAAAAUAAUUGUGUUUUUAAGGCUAUAGAGUUUCUGUCAUUCACAGAAGUUAUGGGUAUAGUGCUAGUCUUUUUCUCACUGUUUGGAGUAGGAUUAACCGUGUUGGUGGCCAUUCUGUUUUACAGCAAGAAAGACACCCCCAUAGUAAAAGCCAACAACUCAGAGCUGAGCUUUCUGUUGCUUUUCUCAUUGACUCUUUGUUUUCUCUGUUCACUUACUUUCAUCGGUGGGCCCACUGAGUGGUCCUGUAUGUUGUGUCACACAGUGUUUGGGAUCACUUUUGUCCUCUGUAUCUCCUGUGUUCUAGGGAAAACAAUAGUUGUGUUAAUGGCCUUCAAGGCUACACUUCCAGGAAGUAAUGUCAUGAAAUGGUUUGGGCCUGCACAUCAACGACUCAGUGCUCUUGCCUUUACAGUUAUACAAGUUCUUAUAUGUGUGCUUUGGCUAACAUUAUCUCCUCCUUUACCUCACAAAAACAUAAAUUAUUAUAAAGAAAAGAUCAUUCUUGAGUGCAGUCUGGGUUCUACUAUAGGUUUCUCUGCUGUUCUGGGUUAUAUUGGCCUAUUGGCUGUCUUGUGCUUUAUUUUGGCUUUUUUGGCUCACACGCUGCCUGAUAACUUCAAUGAAGCUAAAUUCAUUACAUUCAGUAUGCUCAUAUUCUGUGCUGUAUGGAUCACAUUUAUCCCAGCUUAUAUCAGUUCUCCUGGAAAAUUUACUGUAGCUGUGGAGAUUUUUGCCAUUUUAGCCUCAAGCUUUGGUUUACUAUUCUGCAUAUUUGCACCAAAAUGUUAUAUCAUCCUGUGUAAGCCUGAGCAAAAUACAAAGCAACAUAUGAUGGGAAAAUAUCAAUUAAAACCCUAUUAA